AUGCGCCGCCAAAGACCCAUCGAAUCGUCAUCGCCACCUUCCUCGCCAUCCCCCGUCCCAGACAAGCUGUGGAAAAACGAAAGAACGGCGAUGGCAGACGAACGCCAGUUUCAGAUUCUGGUACGAGAGUUGCAAAAAUGCGGUCAGCGCAUCAUGCACUCGAGUUGGGGCCGAGGUUGGACUGUGGGCGUAGGUGGUGGUAGCAACCAGAGUAUCGGUAGUGAGCAGAAGGAGAAACCGGGCAAUAAUCUGUCUGGGAGUAUGGUGAAUGGAAAGGCACGACUUGAUGAGCGUGAGCGUAGAGAUGAAACUGCCACCUCUCUCCACCUCAUCCCGAACCGUAAACGAUUGGCAUACUCAAAUCACCAUGAUUUGGAUUCAGGCCCAAAGAAACGGCAGUGUCGUGGAAAUGCCAAGGAGGUUGGGGUAUUAGCCAGGAAACGCAAGGGUCAUCUUGGUGACGAGGCUGACGAUCUGACCUAUGUCCAGAAAAAGAGGGUGCGUAGGUGA